AUGGAUUCUGAUAUUUGCAGGGAUAUGUCUACAACAAAUAUCACUUUCAUAGCUGACUUGGAUGUAACAAGGGAUGAUUUGAUUAUCAAGGUUCGUGUUAUAAACCAUUGGAAGCAGAUGUCUUUCUACAACAAGAAUGAAAUAUGGUCCAUUGAAUUAAUCUUGGUCGAUGAACAGGAAAAACUAAGCACAAUCGAUGAUAAUAAUAAAAGGGAUAUGUCUAUAACAAAUAUCACUUUCAUAGCUGACUUGGAUGUAACAAGGGAUGAUUUGAUUAUCAAGGUUCGUGUUAUAAACGAUUGGAAGCAGAUGUCUUUCUACAACAAGAAUGAAAUAUGGUCCAUUGAAUUAAUCUUGGUCGAUGAACAGGGGAGCAAAAUACAAGCAUCUGUCCCUAAAAAAUUCCUCUAUCGAUUCAAAAAUGUUUUAAAAGAUGGGAAAUCAUAUUACAUCACAUCUCCAAGCUUUGCAGCUCUGAAGGCUAAUACUUUUAGGUUAAUUCCCCAAGAUCAAAAACUCACGUUUGUGCAGGAAACAGUUGUUAAAGAAUGUACCCAAUUUAGCGGGCCUAAAUUUGGUUUUUCUUUUGUUGAUUUUCAAUCUGUGCUGUCAAUGGUUCAUCCUCAAAAUUUGUCACUCGAUGUUAUUGGAUUGGUUGUUGGUGUUGGUGAAAUGGCAACAGAAAGCACUGAUAAGUCCAAACACAAAAUUCACAUCCAUAUCCAGAAUGAAAAUGGUUUGGAAAUACGUUUGGUUUUGUGGGGUGAUUAUGCUUACCAGAUGCAAAAGUAUAUACAAGACAAUCCACAAAAUCUUCAAAUCAUUGUUAUACUUCAGUUUGCACAAAUUAAUGUUUGGAGAGAUCGCCCAAGUGUCAACACCUACUAUACAUCCUCAAGAUUGUUCAUAAACUCUGACAUAGAUGAAAGUUCUGUUUUCAAGAAAAGGUUACAAAGGGAUGAUCGUCCUGAUUCCUCUUCACAUACUUUUUCACUUAUUCCUGCUAACCAAGUUUCUGAAUAUGAUGAUUUCAUGGUUAAAAAUAAGCUGAAGACUAUUUCUGAAGUUUGGGAGCCCGUGGAGAUAUAUGUGAUGAUAUGUACAUUCAUUCUUGUGGGCACUAUAAAAGGAAUAUUACAAAAUGAAAAAUGGUUCUAUCAAGCGUGUACCAACUGCAGUAGCAAAGCAGUCCCUAACAAUGAUCAAGUAGAUGGAACAGCUAAAUCUUAUGAAUGUCAUAACGGAGAUUGCACAAAAACUACAACAUCUGUGGUUCCAAGGAAGGUAUUUGUUGAAGAAAUCAGCCAAAGAGUUUUUAACAACGCAGCCAAGAAUGGAGACAAUGUUGAUUUGUAUCCAGUGGAGAUGAAUGCAUUGAAAGGGUUGAAAUUUGCCUUUAAGAUUUCUUCAAACAUAUUCAAUGUGUCCAAAAAAACCAACCAAUAUGGUAUUGCUAGAAUUACUGAUGAUGAGAGUUUAAUUGAACAACUUGAAGAUAAAUUGAAUUCUUCUCAAGAUGCAAUUUCUGCUACGGAUGAUAACAUAACUCCCAACACUUUGGACAAAAACUCGGCAACGAGUCCAUUGAAGAUUUCAACAACAACAACACCAGUUUUAAAGAGAAAUCUGCAAGAAGUUUUUGAAUUGGAGUCUAAUGAAAAAUUUUCAUCAUCAAAAACUCCAAAGACAUCCCCAGCUGGUCCAAGAAAAGAAUUGUUGAAGGUAAAGGUGGAAAAAGAUGUGUGA